UGGUCAACCUUAUUUCAUGCUUUAACUAUAGACUGUAAAAAAGGCUUUAACAUAUUAGUUUUAGCUAAGUAGUAAUGACACAUAAUUAUAUCACUUGUUAAAUGGUUGUUUAACGAUAACAUUCAGUCCUGUAUUCCUGAUUCAGUUUGUUUGCAGAUUCGAUGUGCGCUCACGCGUGACUCGCACUACUUCAGGUAUUUUGAAUAAUGCGGUUGACGUCACAGUCAAACGUUAGAUCGCUCUCUUUGUUGACUGAAAGACGAGGAGAAUUCAGACAGUUGCUGAAUAUUUUCUGCGUUGUGUUGUAUUGUAUGGUACUUGUAUCAUUUAAUUGCAGUUUGAAGAAGAUGUCAGGCCCGACCCAGGCACAGAGUCAGGAGCUUAUUCCUGGAUGUUCAACACCUCGGUCUUGUGAGUUCGUUUCUGUGGCCACAGGUUCGGCUCACAGGAAGAGAGAGAUGCAGAGGUCAGAUGAUGGACGUCCGUCCACUUCAUCCAAACACUAUCGCAUAGGCCGCUUCAGAUGCAGGACAGUUGUUUCCAGGAGCAGUAACAACAGAUCUGAGAGCCAACAUGAACCAGGCAGUGACGGAAACAGGAGUUUGUCCAGAUGCGACAGCUUCCAGUGGAUGUGUCCUCCACUGCCUGGUCAAGUUCCCGUCGAGCCAACCGACAUUUCUAAUGUCCCGACUGCUCAUGGUGCCGUGGAGGCUUCACCUGUGAACAACAGCUCGACAGAAAAACCUACAAAACGAAAGAAGAUGAAAAGAAUUCGUUCAUUCCUCAGGAACGUGUGGACGGCUGUAAAGAGUCCGUCCGGCUGCUGUUCUGACAGUAAAGCUGUGGAUGUUGUGGAGCCUUUCGUUCCUCCACUAGAUCUGGACUCGGAGCCUGAUUCUGAUCCAGAUCACUCCGACAGCCUCAACAGUAGUGUGUCCAGUUCCGACAGCCUCAACAGUAGUGUGUCCAGUUCCGACAGCCUUAACAGGAGUUUGUCCAGAUCCGACAGCUUCCAAGAGGGGAUCUGUCCUCCAUCGCCUAGUCAAGUUUCCAUCGAGCCAACCGACAUUUCUAAUGUCCCGACUGCUCAUGGUGCCGUGGAGGCUUCACCUGUGAACAACAGCUCGACAGAAAAACGUACAAAAGGAAAGAAGAUGAAAAGAAUUCGUUCGUUCCUCAGGAACGUGUGGACGGCUGUAAAGAGUCCGUCCGGCUGCUGUUCUGACAGUAAAGCUGUGGAUGUUGUGGAGCCUUUCGUUCCUCCACUAGAUCUGCUCUCGGAGCCUGAUUCUGAUUCACGUCAGUCCGGUGUCGAGCCAAAUCAUGACUCCUUCAAGUCUCUCUAUAACGCGGGAGAGAUGAUUGGAUGCGGAGGAUACGGAAGAGUGUUCAAAGGAACACGGAAAUUUGAUGGCAAAAAGGUUGCUAUCAAGCGGAUGCGCAAGACUUCCGAGGAUCUUUAUCUCGCUAUUCCUGGGCAUCCCAAACCUCUCAUUGCAGAAGUGGCUGUGCUGCUAAUGAUGAGGGAAGAACCCGUAAGCCCGUACGCCAUACAACUACACGAUUGGUUUGAACACCCUCGAAAAUUCACCCUGGUGAUGGAGUAUCCCGAACCCUGCGAGAGCUUGCUGGACUUCAUCUAUGAUAAUCCUCAACUGGACGAAUCAACAGCACGGCUCAUCAUGCGACAAGCUGUGCUGGCAGUGCAACACUGCAUUGAGCAUAAUGUCUUUUACAAUGAUAUUCAUGCGGACAAUUUCCUGGUGAAGAAAGACACUUUAGAGCUCAAGCUGAUCGACUUUGGCUCUGGACAGAUACUUAAUAGUGAUGGAAUCCAAAGGAAAUCACAAAAGCCAAAGUUAGAUUUCAGAAUGCCAACUUAUCCAACGGGUUGGACACACCAUCCAGUCUAUAAAGAACACUGGUUUAAAUGCAGGAUUGGAUGGAUAUCAUCCUGACAG